CGGAAGUCGGCCGCUCGCUAGGUCCCGGCACUGACGGCAGCGAGGCCCCGCCGCCCGCGGGCCCCGGAGCCAGCCCGCACCGGAUUGUAGGUUUGGGGGCGCGCGUCUCCUGGUGUCGACUGAAUCUUGCUGGCUCUUCAGUGUCCCGCCUGCCCUUCAGUCUGAUGCCUGUCCAGCCCUCCGAUCCCCUGGAAUGGAAUGAGUCUAUGCACUCCCUCCGGAUCAGCGUGGGGGGCCUUCCCGUGCUGGCGUCCAUGACCAAGGCCGCAGACCCCCGCUUCCGCCCCCGCUGGAAGGUGAUCCUGCCGUCCUUCGUGGGUGCCGCUGUCCUCUGGCUGCUCUACGCCCACCGCCCUCCUCCUGGCCGGCCCCCUGUGCCCAAUGCCCACAACUGGAGGCUCGGCCAGCCGCCUGCUGACCGGUACAAUGACACCUAUCCCCUAUCAGCCCCCCAGAGGACACCUGGUGGGACUCGGUACAGAAUCGCUGUCAUUGCCGACCUGGACACGGAGUCAAGGGCCCAAGAGGAAAACACCUGGGUCAGUUACCUGAAGAAGGGCUAUCUGACCCUGUCAGACAGUGGGGACAGGGUGGCCGUGGAGUGGGACCAAAGCCAUGAGGUCCUGGAGUCCCACCUGGCAGAAAAGGGGCGGGGCAUGGAGCUGUCGGAUCUGAUUGUCUUCAAUGGGAAGCUCUACUCCGUGGAUGACCGGACAGGCGUUGUCUACCAGAUCGAAGGCUCCAAGGCCGUGCCCUGGGUGAUCCUGUCCGACGGCGACGGAACCGUGGGGAAAGGACAGGGGCUCCCAGGCAAGGCCAUGGCCCCCCUGCGGCUCCUGUGGAUGUGGCUGCUGGUGGCGGGGAUUCAAGGCCUGAAAGACGGUGACAUGCGGCUGGCCGACGGGGAAACCGCCAACGAGGGCCGCGUGGAGAUCUACUACGGCGGCCAGUGGGGGACGGUGUGUGACAACCUGUGGGACCUGACAGAUGCCAGCGUUGUCUGCCGAGCCCUGGGCUUCAAGAAUGCCACCGAGGCUCUGGGCAGAGCCACCUUCGGGCCAGGAAGGGGCCCUAUCAUGCUGGACGAGGUGCAGUGCACAGGGACAGAGCCCUCGCUGGCCAACUGCACAUCCCUGGGCUGGAUGAAGAGCAACUGUAGACACGACAAGGACGCCGGCGUGAUCUGCACCAACGAAACCAGAGGCAUCCACACCUUCGACGUGUCCAGCGAGCUCCCCGCAGCUCUAGAGCAGAUCUUUGAGAGCCAAAAGGGCUGUGACCUGUUCAUCACGGUGAAGACGAAGGAGGAGGACGAGCUGGGCAUCUGUGCCCACAAGCUGAUCCUGUCCACCAACCCCGAGGCACACGGCCUGUGGAAGGAGCCGAGCAGCAGGGUCAGCAUGGAGGUGGACACCGAGUGUGUGCCCGUCGUCAGAGACUUUAUCAAGUACCUCUACUCCCGGAGGAUCGAUGUCUCUCUGUCCUCAGUGAGGUGCUUGCACAAGCUCGCCUCGGCCUACGGGGCCAAGCAGCUGCAGAGCUACUGCGGGCACCUCUUUGCCAUCCUCCUCCCCGAGGACCCCUCUUUCCGGACGCCCCUGGACCUCUAUGCCUAUGCCCUGGCCAGCCGGGACCCCGUGCUGGAGGAGAUCUGCGUGCAGUUCCUGGCCUGGAACUUCGGGCCCCUGACGCAGGCCGAGGCCUGGCCGAACGUCCCCACGGCCCUGCUCCGAGACCUGCUCUCCAGGAGUGAGCUGGUCGCACCCAGCGAGCUGGCCUUGCUGCUGGCCUUGGAGGAAUGGAGCCAGGAGAGGCGCAUCUCCCGCGGGGAGGUGGAGGGCCUGCUGGAGAGGGUGCGUUUCCCCAUGAUGCUGCCCAGGGACCUCUUCACGCUGCAGUUUAACCUGUCCCUGUACUGGAGUCACGAGGCGCUCUUCCAGAAGAAGAUGCUGCAGGCCCUGGAGUUCCACACCGUGCCCUUCGAGCUGCUGGCUCAGUACAGGGGCCUGAACCUCACCGAGGACAUCUACCAGCCCCGGCUUUACACCUCGCCCAACUGGAGCGCCUCCGUGAUGGGUUCCGAUUACAACCGCUACCGGUCCUUCCAGACGCCCCAGCACCCCAGCUUCCUCUUCCAGGCCAGCUCAGUCUCCUGGUCUUUAGUCGACCUCCCCACCCUCCAGAGCUGCUGGAACUAUGGGUUCUCGUGCUCCUCUGACGACCCCCCCCUCCUGGGCCUCUCCAAGUCUAGCUACUCCAAUCCCACCAUCGGUUAUGAAAACAAGGCCCUGAUGCUCUGUGAGGGGAGCUUCGUGGCAGACGUCACCAACUUCGAGGGCUGGAAGGCCCUGAUCCCCAGCGCCCUGGGCACCAACAGCUCCAGGAGGGCUUCCUUCUUCCCCUGCCCGGCAGGGUCCUUCAGCAGCUUCCAGGUCGCCAUCCGUCCCUUCUACCUGACCAACUCCACGGGUGUGGACUAGACCCGAGGCUGGGGAAGCCAGGGUGGCGGAGCACGCAGAGGCUGGGCACCUCCCACCCUUCACCUCCUCUCUGCAACCAUCUCCAACCGCCGGCCACCAGAUGGCGCCCCUGCUUCCGCUGAUCUCGCCGAGCUUAAAGAAAUUACUGGAAGGUUUCAGCUAGUCCACAGACUGAGAACUCGUGCUUCCCGCGGCCUGGCUGGUUUGUUGGGGAGCCACAAGACGUGAACCAGGAGCUGUCGGGUCUCCUACCCUGCCUUUCACUCCGCCCUCUGCUGUCCCUUAUCUGAGAUCAUUGAAAUUGCACUGUGGCUCCCAAGUUCUCUCGUUCAUGCAGAAAGAGUUAUUGAGUCCACUGGGUGUUCGGACGCUGGGUGUGCUGGGCCCCGGGGUCCAGUGAAUGAGCAGACCCAGUCCUUUCCGCGUGACGCUGCAGUCUUGUGGGUGAGACAGGCGAUCACAAGCAAACAAACACGUGGGGUAGAUACAAGCUGGAAUAACGGGGGAUGGAAACCAGAGGGUGGCAGGGGGGAGGCCCAGGCUGGAGCUACUUUAGUGGAUCUCAGUGGAGAAAUGAAGAGUGAGGGGCAGCAGAUGUGGGGAAAUGGCAGGAGGGCGCGUCCCAGGUAGAAGGGACAGCACGUGCUUGGGAUCUUUUCUCCAUCAAUCCUUGCACAUGUGCACAGGGAUGGGGGCAGAGAUUCUCACCUCAGCGUUGUUUGUAAAAAUAGAAAUUUGCAAAGAACCUUAAAAGGUCACCAACAGAGUGCUUGACCACAAAUAAAAGACACCCAUGAUGGGGUGGUCAGGCAGAAGAAGGAUGUACUAGAAGGAUACUGGAAGACCCACAGAAUCUAGGCCAAGCAGGGGGGACCGGGCCUGGAGUUCCGUGGGUACAUCCCGUUAGAAUGCCAUCGCCGGGUUCUGAGCGCUGGACGCUGCCCCUACCGGAGCAGGGCAGGAAUUCUAAACUCUCCCCGCUUCUUUGCGAUGCACACUCCAGGCACAGGGCCCCAGUGGAAGCAUCUGGUUGGCCAGGCUCAGGCCAUGUGCCCUCCACUCUUGGCCGUGGUCUGAGAGAACAAGUAUCUGGACUGUUUUGGCCUCGAGAAGGGAGGUGGCACAAGGCUCACCCAAUGGGAGGGAGGUUCACAGGCUGGGCAGCCAAGACACAGCCGUCCCCGCCGCCACACACUCCUCUUCCCCAGCGGCCCUGCGAAAACAAAAGCAGGGACACAAAGCCUCCGCCUGAUCCCCCACAGCUUCACCCCUUCCCAAAGGGGGCCCCCAGGCCCCCCCGGGCUCCAGGCCCACCAUCUUGGCCACCUCUGUAGUGGUCCUUUGACAUUUUAAAAAUCUAUCACUUUAAAUCACACUGUGGACCAUUGCCCUCACCACUGUCGGCCACAUCAGCAGGUAAAGGAAGACAGAAAGGAAAUGUUUCUUAUCCACGUGCACCAGACACGCACAGGGGAAUGCUGUCGUCGCUGUAGCAAUGAGUCAAGAGACCACAGCGUCUCCCCUCUCCUACCCACUCCGUGGACCUCUGCCCACAGCCAGCACCUCGGCAGUGAAGGUACAGGCCUGGUCAGAUAACCAACCUUCCAGAGAGCUCAAGGCCCUGGUGGGUCCUGGCUGUAAGGCAAUCUACAGCCCCACGUUGAGCCAUUGGAUUCCGGCAGUUUGAGGAGACACCCGAGAAAUCACCGAGUUCCUUCCAUCCUCCUUGUGGGCUUUCGAGUGGCGGACCUGUCCCCCUGACGAUCAGGGCCCACCAGCCCAGGGCAGGCCUCCUGCUUUCUUUCUGCAAGCAUUUGCCCAAGCACGUGAGUGGUCCCACAGGCCAGAUGCUGCUCUCAGCUUCUGGUCAAUGCAGCGUGGAGGUGUCUCUUGGCGGAAACAUUCCUCUCAUAGGUAUAAAACCUCUAAACCAGCAGAGCCCAGAGUUAGGGGGACCAGAAGCAAAACAUCUGCCCCUGGGGGACUUGCUGUCCUGUCCGGCCACCACUGGCUCCCAUACUGGGGUUCCAGGUCCGGGAGAACCACACACUGGCCGUGAGCCCAGUGUGCGCAACGGACUGGAGGACAGGGUUGGGUUUUUGCUUGGGGUUGUUUGGUU